AUGCUUAACGCGAUUCUUCAUUUUCGUGCUUUUUUCAAAGCUACUUAUUAUUGUUUGUAUAUAAAUUCUUAUUUUGUUCAAUUAUUUAACUUAUUUACAGAUGUUGCACGUCAUAUUUGGGAACAUAGAGGAAGUGGUUUGUUUUCACUAAGUCGAGAGAAUGCCUUAUUGAGAUUUUUGUUGGAAACUCCAAAUGCAAUUGAUAUUGAAGUGGAUUCUAGGCGUCAGUUGGAUAGUCAAUUGAAAUAUACAUGUGAAUUACUUAUUGAACAACAGGUAGCACAAUUAACAGGUGAAAUGUCAAAUUUCCUUAAAAGGGCUUAUUCAGUCUUAGCUGCUCCAGGUGUUCGUCUUACCGACCAAUCUUUUGCGUAUGCAUCGUAUGUAAAAGACAUUGUUUCAAAUGCACAUCGAUUACUUUGUAUAGCUCUUGGACGUAGUGCAAAUUCGAACCGUUCUGAUGUUGGUAAACAUUCUGUACCAUCCAAUCUUAGAAAAGCAUUACACAUUUAUUUGGCCAAUCCAGAUACAGAGAGUAUUUUAUUACGUCGUAUUCAGUCAGGUGUUCUGUUACAGUGGAGAUCGAUGUAUCAGUUAUUAACUGAUCAUUACAGUGAUGAAGAUCGUAUGAUAAUUGGGUGUCCUACUGAAAGUCAGAUUCGUCUUUUAUUUCAAGAUAUUUGGAUUCAUUGA